CGAGGGCACCAGAAUCGAGGGCCUGCCGCCCAACUGGUACAAGGUGUUCGACCCAGUCUGUGGCCUUCCUUACUACUGGAACGUGGAGACAGAUCUUGUGUCCUGGCUGAACCCCCAUGAUCCCAGCUCUGUCAUCACCAAGCCAGCCAAGAAACUCAGAAGCAACUUGGAUCCAGAAGAGAAGCUGGACCGGGGCUAUGAAAAGCUAGAAAGGGAGGAGUUGAAGGAGCGCCGUUACCACCGAAGGGAAGAGCUGGCCCCCUACCCCAAGAGCAAAAAAGCCAGCCGCAAGGAUGAAGAAUUGGACCCUAUGGACCCUAGUGCCUAUUCUGAUGCCCCUCGGGGUACAUGGUCUACGGGUCUCCCCAAACGGAACGAGGCAAAGACAGGGGCCGACACAACCGCCGCUGGGCCCCUGUUCCAGCAGCGGCCGUACCCCUCCCCGGGGGCAGUGCUUCGGGCCAAUGCUGAGGCCUCCCGGGCCAAGCAGCAAGACUAAGACUGAGCUCACUCUCUCCUGCAGUUUUCUCCAACCCAACCCUCUGGUUAACAAUAAAGUGUUUUCCUUUCAA